AUGUCUCAAACUAAAAAGGGAAUUCAAAUCGCAAUUGAUAGAGGGGGCACAUUUUGUGAUGUUAUAGCCAAAAUUCCUGGCCAACCAGACUAUGUAUUCAAAUUGUUAUCCGUUGACCCACAGAAUUACAAGGAUGCACCCGUGGAAGGGAUUCGUCGAGUUUUAGAAAAAGCAACGAACGAAAAGAUACCUAAAGGGAAAAAGCUUAGUUUGGAGUUAAUACAAAGUAUUAGAAUGGGUACUACAGUAGCCACAAACGCAUUAUUGGAACGGAAAGGUGCCAAAGUGUUACUUGUGACAACAAAAGGGUUCAAGGAUGUAUUGCUUAUUGGCAAUCAAACAAGACCUCAUAUUUUUGAUUUGACAGCGAAAAAAUUAGGACACUUGUACUAUCAAGUUUUGGAAAUUGAUGAAAGAGUCACCAUCGCCGGGUUUUCAGAAGGAGGCGGUGAGAAUUUGAAAGUUGAUGUCGAGUCUGAUUCUGAGUUGAGAGAAAGUGUUACUGGAGAUAUCGUCAGAGUGAUAAAAGAACCAGAUUAUACAAAAGUUACUGCUGAUUUGCAAGAAAUAUACCGUCAAGGAGAAAUUAAAACAAUAGCAUUAUCGUUACUCCAUGCAUAUGCCUAUCCACAACAUGAGGCCAAGGUAGCAGAAAUUGCAAAAAAAAUUGGAUUUGAAGUUUCCGUAUCUCAUGAGCUUCAACCUAUGCUUGGAUUUGUCAAUAGAACUUCUUCAACUGUUGCAGAUGCAUAUCUUUCUCCGGUAAUCAAUGAGUAUGUCAGAAACUUUGGGGCGGGUUUUGAAGGGGGGUUAGACGCAUUUGGUAACAAGUUAUUAUUUAUGCAAUCAAAUGGUGGAUUGUGUCCGUGGUAUAAAUUUACUGGGUUGAAGGCAAUUUUAUCUGGUCCCGCCGGUGGUAUGGUAGGUUUUGGUGUGACCUGUUACGACGACAUUUCAAAAAAGGCAACCAUUGGUUUUGACGCUGGAGGUACUUCAACAGAUGUUUCAAGAUAUGCUGGUAAUUUGGAACACAUUUAUGAGACAGUCGUGAGCGAAAUAAACUUACAAACACCACAAUUAGAUAUUUCCACUGUUGCGGCUGGUGGUGGCUCUAUGUUGUUUUGGAAAAAUGGAAUGUUUGUUACUGGUCCUGAAUCCGCUGGCUCUGAUCCGGGCCCCGCUUGUUACAGAAAGGGUGGACCUUUAACAGUUACCGAUGCCAAUUUGUUUUUGAAUAGGUUAUUACCUGAUUUUUUCCCCAACAUUUUUGGUCCAACUCAAGACCAACCUUUAGAUUACGAAUUAACGGCAGAAAAAUUUAGAGCUCUAACCGAUGAAAUUAACAAAGAUAAAGCAGAAGAAGGAAUAAUUUUGACACCUGAAGAAGUCGCAAGUGGGUUUUUAAAAGUAGCCAUUGAGUCAAUGGCAAGACCGAUCAGGAACUUGACUGAAGCAAAAGGCUUUGAAACAGCUCUGCAUAAUUUAGCAAGCUUUGGUGGUUCAGGUGGUCAAUUUGCUGUUUCUUUAGCAAAGAACUUGGGCAUUUCUCAUGUUGCCAUUCACAAGUACUCAUCUUUGUUAUCUGCUCAUGGUAUCCAGUUGGCUGACAUUGUUAUUGAAAAGCAAUCACCGGCAUCUUUUACGUACUCUCUGGAGAAUUUCGCUGCCAUUGACAACAAAAUAAAAUACUUGAUCACGUCUGCACAAAAGGAUUGUGAAGAACAAAAUUUGCUUGGCUUCAAAACGAGGUUGGAGAUUUUGUUAAAUAUGAGAUAUGUCGGAUCAGAUACUCAUUUACUUAUCCCUGUUACUAAAGGUGAAUAUGAUGCGGAUAAAAAAUUUAUCACUCGACACAAGAAUGAAUUUGGAUUCAAUUUAGACAGAAAAGUGUUAGUUGAUGAUGUUCAAGUUUUGUUGCAUGUUGAAUCAGACGAUAAAGAGAAAUAUAAUCCGUAUCAAGAAUUUGCCAAAUUGGAAAACAAGAAUUCAUACCUAGCUCCUUCAAAAAUUCAAAAGAACAUUUAUUUUGAAACCGAAGGUUGGUUAGAAUCAUCUGUUUAUUUUUUGCCUGAUUUACAAAAGGGGCUGGUAAUCAAGGGCCCCUCUAUUAUAAUUGAUAAUACACAAACAAUUUUAGUUGAGCCACGUUCUAAGGCGGCAAUUCUAACUGAUCAUAUAUUAAUUGAAGUAGAACAAGAGAAAAAGCCAGAACUUUCAAGGACAACAAUUGAUCCUAUUCAAUUGUCCGUAUUUGGACACAGGUUUAUGUCGGUGGCAGAGCAAAUGGGUAGGACAUUGCAGCAGACUGCAAUAUCUACAAACAUUAAAGAAAGGUUGGAUUUUUCAUGUGCUAUAUUUGAUAGUAAUGGUGAUUUAAUUGCCAAUGCUCCACAUAUUCCAAUUCAUUUGGGAUCCAUGUCGUAUGCAGUUAAAGCUCAGAUUGAAUUGUGGAAAGGAAAAUUGCAACAUGGUGAUGUAUUGGUUUCAAAUCAUCCCAAAGCUGGUGGGUCGCAUUUGCCGGAUAUUACCGUUAUCACACCAGUUUUGGAUGAAUCCAACAACCCUCUUUUCUGGACUGCUUCAAGGGGACAUCACGCUGAUAUUGGUUCUAUAGCGGCGGGAUCAAUGCCGCCAAAUUCUAAAACUAUUUAUGACGAAGGUGCUGCUAUUAUUACUCAUAAAUUAUGCGACAAAGGUGUAUUUGAUGAAGAAGGGGUCAUCAAGAUUUUGGUUGAAGAGCCAGCCAAAUAUCCCGGUGGGUCAGGAACUAGAACUUUGAGCGACAACAUUUCAGAUUUGAAAGCACAAGUUGCGGCAAAUUAUAAAGGCAUUACUUUAUUGAACAGAAUGGUAGAUGAAUUUACAUUUGAAGUUAUUGACUUGUAUAUGAAAGGAAUUCAAUCUACGGCUGAGGUCUCAGUUCGAAGUUUAUUGAAAUUGGCAUAUAAGAAAUUUGGAGGUAAUAAAUUAAAAGGUGUUGACUAUUUGGAUGAUGGUACUGCAAUUGCUUUGACUGUUGACAUCGAUCCAGAAACAGGGUCAGCGUUGUUUGAUUUUAGUGAAUCAGGCGAUGAAGUAUACGGUAACUUGAAUGCGCCAAGAGCAAUAUUGUAUUCAGCUGUGCUUUAUGUAUUGAGAUGUUUAAUCAGUACUGAUAUCCCUCUUAAUAAUGGCUGUUUAAGACCAAUAGAAUUUAGCACCAGAGAAGGGUCGAUUGUUAAUCCGUCCUAUGAUGCAGCAGUUGUUGGUGGGAACGUUGAAACUACUCAAAGAAUUGUUGAUGUCAUGCUAAAGACUUUCCAAGCUGCUGCAGGAUCCCAAGGAACUUGUAAUAAUUUUACUUUUGGGACCAAUGACUCCACCAAGGGUAUAUCGUUUGGAUAUUACGAAACAAUCUGCGGUGGUUCUGGUGCUGGCCCUACAUGGGAUGGUCAAUCAGUGGUCCAAUGUCAUACUACAAACACAAGAAUGACCGAUACAGAGUUAUUUGAGAAAAGGUAUCCUGUGUUGGUUCAUGAAUAUUCAGUUCGUCAAAAUUCUGGAGGUAGCGGGUUCCAUAAAGGUGGAGAUGGUGUUGUACGAGAUAUUGAAUUUUUGUACCCCUUAGAAGUUUCAUGUUUGAUGGAAAGAAGAUCCUUAGCCCCGUAUGGAUUGUUGGGUGGUGGAGAAGGUGCUCGUGGUAUCAAUUAUUGGUAUCAAAAAUUGGAUGAUGGAGGAUAUCGAAAAAAAUCAUUGGGUGGUAAAUGUACUGUUAAAGUGGGGACGGGUGACAGGAUAGUGAUUAAAACUCCUGGUGGGGGUGGAUUUGGCGAGCUGUUGUCAGGAGAGUUGAAUUUCCCCGUGGAGAGUUCGCAUCCAAGUGUCUUGACGGGGUCAGUGGGGGUUAGAGCAAUCACCCAACAAACGAAUUAA